AUGGAUCAUGGCUGCUCCGAGAAGGAGCCUGUCGAGCUUCGUCUAGCCCUACCUUCUUCCUCUCAUCGAACCAUGUCGUCCCCUCCGCCAGGUUUUUCAACUGGGUCCAACUCUCCUCAAUUCUCUGACCCUUCAACGCCUGCCACAGAGCCUGACGAUCCACUCGAUGUUGACGCCGAUGAUUAUGUUCUUGUGACAGGAGGUCUAGGCUUCAUUGGAAGUCAUACUUCCCUAGAGCUCCUCAAAGCAGGCUACAACAUCAUCAUCGUAGACAACCUAAGCAACAGCUACCGCGAUGUCUUUGCGCGAAUCCUCGCAGCCGCAAAGCUCCACUACGAGCCUCUCGGCCUGCCGAUCCCCAAAGCAAAGCUCUGCUGCGCUGAUUACCAGGAUAUGUCGGCUAUGGGCGUCCUCCUCGGUACACACGUCACCCGCAUCCCAGGCAGCACCGCUACCCGCUCCAAGAUAACAGGCGUCAUCCACUUUGCCGCCUUCAAGGCCGUCGCGGACAGCAUCAAGCACCCACUGCGCUACUAUCAGAACAAUGUGCGCGGGUUAAUCGACCUCCUAAGUCUACUAGACGACCACGGGAUCAAAUCAUUCAUCUUCUCCUCCUCGGCAGCCGUCUACGGAACCCUAGCAGACGACACUCCGCGCCUCCGAGAAGAGAACUGCGUCCACGAACGCGAAUCCUACACCACGGCCUCGGGCCCUGUAUCCGUCGAGCCAGGCUGCACAGGAAUAACAAACCCCUACGGCCGAAGCAAGUGGUUCGGAGAAGCAAUCCUCUCCGACGUCUGCACGUCCGAUCCAAGCUGGACAGUCCUCUGCCUCCGAUACUUCAACCCAAUCGGCUGCGACGCCUCAGGGCUCCUGGGCGAAGAUCCACGCGAUUGCGCCUCGAACCUUUUCCCGGCGGCUGUGCGGGCAUUGACGGGCCAAAGCAGUGAAUUGUGUAUCUACGGCACGGACUGGGAUACGGUGGAUGGAAGUGCGGUGAGAGAUUUCAUUCAUAUCACGGAUCUUGCGCGCGGGCAUGUGGCGACGUUGUCGGCUGCGCAGGAGGGACGGAUUAGUGGGUCUUUUAGGACUUUCAAUCUUGGGACGGGAACGGGACAUUCCGUUCUUGAGGUUGUGGAGGCUUUGGAGAGUGUUAGUCAGUUGGAGAUUCCUGUGAGAAUUGUUGGGAGGAGGCCUGGGGAUGUGGGGUCUUGUGUCGCUACGCCCGACCGGGCGGAACGGGAGCUUGGGUGGAGGACGGAGAAGUCUUUGCAGGAUGCUUGUGAGGACCUUUGGAAUUAUCUUAGAGAUGCGGAUCAGGUCAAGGUUUGA